AUGGCAGAAAGAAUACUACAAGAUAUAGCUGAACAAAACAAGCGUCUUACAAUUGCGCAAAUCAAUAAAAACACGGAAGAGAGAGCAGAAGCCUACUACAAUCUAGGCAGAGCUUAUUGCUUCCUCGAGGACUUCCAUCGAGCAAUAGAGUACCUCAAGCAAUACCUGAGCAUUGCUGACGAAGUCGGUGAUAGAGCAGGUACAGGACGUGCCUAUUGCCAGCUCGCCUGCGCUUACAAUUCCCUCGGUGACUCCCAAAGAGCAAAAGAGUACCACAAUCAACACCUCAGGAUUGCCAAGGAAGUUGGUGACAGGGCAGGUGAAGGACGUGCCUAUGGCAAUCUCGGCCUUGCUUAUCACAGCCUUGAAGAAUUCCGACGAGCAAUAGAGUACCACAAUCAACACCUCAGCAUUGCCAAGGAAGUUGGUGACAGGGCAGGGCAAGGCGAAGCCUAUGCCAAUCUUGGUCUUGCUUAUUACAGUCUUAAUGAAUUCCAAAGAGCAAUAGAGUACAGCAAUAAAUACCUCAUCAUUGCCAAGGAAGUUGGUGACAGGGCAGGGCAAGGCAAAGCCUAUGCCAAUCUCGGUCUUGCUUAUCACUGCCUUAAAGAAUUCCAAAGAGCAAUAGAGUACCACAAUCAACACCUCAUCAUUGCCAAGAAAGUUGGUGACAGGGCAGGUGAAGGACGUGCCUAUGGCAAUCUCGGCCUUGCUUAUCACAGCCUUGAAGAAUUCCAACGAGCAAUAGAGUACCACAAUCAACACCUCAGGAUUGCCAAGGAAGUUGGUGACAGGGCAGGUGAAGGACGUGCCUAUGGCAAUCUCGGCCUUGCUUAUCACAGCCUUGAAGAAUUCCAACGAGCAAUAGAGUACCACAAUCAACACCUCAGGAUUGCCAAGGAAGUUGGUGACAGGGCAGGUGAAGGACGUGCCUAUGACAAUCUCGGCCUUGCUUAUCACAGCCUUAAAGAAUUCCAACGAGCAAUAGAGUACUACAAUCAACACCUCAAGAUUGCCAAGGAAGUUGGUGACAGGGCAGGUGAAGGAUGUGUUUAUGGCAAUCUCGGCCUUGCUUAUCACAGUCUUGAAGAAUUCCAACGAGCAAUAGAGUACCACAAUCAACACCUCAGCAUUGCCAAGGAAGUUGGUGACAGAGUAUGUCAAGGCAAGGCCUAUAGCAAUCUCGGAGCUACUUAUCACAGCCUUAAUGAACUCCAAAGAGCAAUAGAGUACACCAAUAAAUGCCUCAUCAUUGCCAAGGAAGUUGGUGACAGGGUAGAGGAAAGCAACGCCUAUGACAUUCUCAGCCUCGCUUAUCGCAGCCUUAAUGAAUUCCAAAGAGCAAUAGAGUACAACAAUAAAUGCCUCAUCAUUGCCAAGGAAGUUGGUCACAGGGCAGUGCAAGGGAAAGGCUAUGGCAAUCUCGGCAAUAUUUAUUUAGUUCUCGGCGAAUACCACCGAGCAAUAAAGUACACCAAUAAAUGCCUCAUCAUUGCCGAGGAAGAUGGUAACAGGGCAAGGGAAGGCAUAGCCUAUGCCAAUCUCGGCGUUACUUAUCACAACCUUCAAGAAUUCCCACGAGCAAUGGAGUGCCACAAGAAACACUUGAGCAUUGCCAUGGAAGUCGGUGACAGAAAAGAAAAAGGACAUGCCUAUUUAAACAUUGGCGACGUUCAUAAAUCCCUCGGCGACGUGCCACGAGCAAUGGAGUACUACAAGCAAUCCCUGAGCAACGCCGAGGAAAUCGGUGACAGGGAUGGACAAGGACAUGCUUAUUGCCGCCUCGGAAGUUGUUAUACACAUCUCCACGACUUGAAGGAAGCAAUAGAGUGUCACAAGCAACACCUGACUAUUGCCGAGGAAAUCGGUGACAGGAUGGCAGAAGCAUGUGCCCACAGCGGUUUGGGUCGAUCUUUUUUAUAUUCAGAUUCUUUGAAUGAGGCUUUAGAACAUUUUAGAUGCAGUGUAAAAGUCUAUGACACUAUUAGAGCCGGGUCUAUCUCGGAAGAUCAAUUGAAAAUAAGUUUCCGUACGAAACAUCAAUUUGCCUAUACUCAUUUAUGGCAGGUUUUAGUAAUGCUUGAAAGGAAUGAUGAGGCUUUAUACGCUGCUGAGAGGGGACGGGCACAGGCUUUGCUCGAUGCCUUAAAAGUAACUUAUGGCCUUACAUCACUUUCUCCCAGGUCAAUUGAAUCUGAAGAAGAAGUCGGAAAUAUUUCAAGGAAGACAACUGUUUUAACAGUUUUUCUUGCCCUUCAUUUGAAAACAAUCAAUAUCUGGGUGUUGGGAAAAGAGGGCAACCCUAUUUUUAAGCAAGCGGAGAUACAAAUUGGUCGUCAACACGAAGAUUCCUUUACUCUCCUUUUAGACACUGUUUUGAAAAACAUUGACUCAACUCCCUCAAGUACUCGAGACGACAAUCAAACAUCGGCGCCAUCACAGGAGAGCACCAACUUUUUACAGCCAUUAUAUGAUGCAGUUCUUGGUCCCAUUGAAGACUUGCUUGAUGGUGAUGAACUAAUUGUAGUUCCUGAUGGCGCUUUGUCUAAAGCUCCUUGGGCAGCCCUGAGUGAAACUUUAAGGAUCCGGACUGUUCCCUCACUGACAAGUUUGAAAGUCAUCACAGAUUCUCCAAUUGAAUACCACAGUAAAAGUGGAGCCCUGCUUGUUGGAGAUCCAUGCUUGAAGAAAAUUACAGAUAAAAGGGGGAACCCCAUUUAUGAUCCUCUGAAGUACGCAAGAAUGGAAGUGGAGAUGAUUGGAGAAAUUCUAAAGAGUCAGCCUUUAACAGGUGAAGAUGCCACCAAAGAAGCCUUGCUUCAGAGAAUCAAGUCAGUGUCUUUGGUUCAUAUUGCAGCCCACGGAAGGCGGGAAACCGGAGAAAUCGUUUUGGCUCCAGACCCCCGAUGGGAAUCCCACACUCCUACGGAGGAGGACUAUAUUUUGAAGAUGUCUGAUAUACAAGCUAUUAAGCUGCGAGCGAGACUGGUCGUGCUUAGUUGCCCCUACAGUGGGCAAGGAGAGGUAUCGUCUGAGGGUGUGGUCGGUAUGGCACGUGCUUUCUUGUUUGCUGGUGCUCGUUCCGUGCUGGCGGCGCUUUGGGCAAUUGAUGACGAAGCCACAAUGAUGUUUAUGAAGUCUUUCUACCAACAACUUGGAAGUGGGGAAAGUGCAAGUGUUGCUCUUCAGAGGGCCAUGAAAUGUCUUCGAGACUCCCAGGAUUAUUCUGCUCCAAAGUACUGGGCUCCUUUUGUUCUGAUGGGCGAUGACGUUAAGAUUGAAUUGGAAAAAGAGUCAUUGAGAAGUCGUAAGUGGAGAUUUUUUUUCUUGCUGUUCUAGUAACAGAAGGCUCAAAAAGAAAAGCCAGAACCAUUUUUGUCAAAUUCAGAUAAGAGGGAAAAUGACAGACUUGAUAAUAAAAAGAAUAAAAAUAUGUACAAAGUAGGGAUGGGUUGGGUGGUAAGUGUUAAAUUAUUAUGGAUUCACUCAAGUAAAUGCUAUUCCUAACCGGCUACCAACACAUUUCAAAAAUCAAUUGAACACUAGGCAUUGCUUAAUGUUCUCAAUUGUUAAAUAGUUUAGGUCAGGUGUGGAUAAGAG